CCCCACUCCACGUCCGGAUCCGGAAUCUCGAGGUCGCCGGGCUCCAGGCGUCUGGGUUCCGGAGGUAAUGCCCUGGAGGGCGAGGAACGGAGAAGAGGCUGAGGGGGACGCCGAGGAAGCCGGCGCCGAAGAGUACGGCCCAGAAGAGUACGGCCACGAGGAGUCGGGCGCUGAGGAGUCUGGCCCAGAAGAGUCCGACCCGGAGGAGUCGGGUACCGAGGAGGAGAUGGAUGCCGGGCGGCCGCGGCCGGUGCUACGUUCGGUAAACUCACGCGAGCCCUCCCAAGUCAUCUUCUGCAACCGCAGCCCGCGCGUCGUGCUGCCAGUGUGGCUCAACUUCGACGGCGAGCCGCAGCCCUAUCCGACGCUGCAGCCCGGCACUGGCCGCCGCAUCCACAGCUACCGAGGUCACCUUUGGCUCUUCAGAGAUGCAGGGACAUGUGAUGGGCUUCUGGUUAACCAAACUGAAUUAUUUGUGCCAUCUCUCAAUGUUGAUGGACAGCCUAUUUUUGCUAACAUCACACUGCCAGUGUAUACCCUAAAAGAGCGAUGCCUCCAGGUUGUACGAAGCCUAGUCAGGCCUGAGAAUUACAGGAGACUGGACAUCGUCAGAUCACUCUAUGAAGAUCUGGAAGACCACCCAAAUGUGCAGAAAGACCUGGAGCGGCUGACACAGGAGCAUAUUGAAAGUCAACGAAUGGGAGAGGAGGUGGAAGGAUUUAAUUGAGACCUGUACUCCUACGUCUCAACCUUUGGUGGUACUGAUGAGUCUUGAUCUGGAUAUUAGACUGGUCACUUACUCUCUGUUUCAAAGUGUGUCAUUCUUGGAGUUAAAUGUGAUCCAUUGUUUAAAAAGAAAGUUAACUGACUUCACUAGGCUUCUGUGAUGGUUAGGGGCAAACAUCACAAAGUAUAAUUUAAUGCUUGCCCUUUCUAGAGAGUAUUUAUUAGGAGAAAAUAAUUUGCAUUGGGCGGCACCUGUGGCUCAAAGGGGUAGGGCACCCGCCCCAUAUGCCUGAGUUGGUGGGUUCAAACCCAGCCCCAGCCAAAAACUGCCAAAAAAGAAAAAGAAAAUAAUUUGCAUUUUUGCCUCCUAGUAAGUCAGGAGUUUCAGUGUUUCAGAGGAUAUUUGUAGAAAUCAUUCAAGUGAGAAUUGCAGUAUAUCCUUUAAUUGUACGCAAAGCAGUGACAUCUGCUUUUAAUUGAUGUAUUAUAGUUGGUAUUGUGUCUGCUUCCUGCUUUGAGAAGACUGAGAUGUCCUUGAAGCAGGGAAAAAGUCUUUUUCUUCUCUUUGAGACCUCAGUGCCUAGCACAUUAUGAGCCUUCAGUCAGUGUUUGUUGGAUGAGCAAAACAGUAGAUACUUUGGUAGAAAACACUUGGAGGUUUCGCCUCUUUUUUUCUGUUGUGGGAAAAGGGGGGAGGCUUCAAAGUGUGCACAGGAAACAGUGUCUUAAAGGGAAUCAUUUGUAUAGAAAUUGCUAAAUUUCUAUAAUUAGAAAUUGUAAUUUUCUAAAUUCAGUGCUGUUCUCAGUCCACUGUUGCGGUUUUGUUUUUUUUUCUGUUUCUAAAUUAGGAUUGGCUUUCUACUGUUCCUGUGCUAAAAAUGUUUUUAUAACUUAACGUCUACACGGAAAGGAGAAAACCCUCAUGUUUUAUUCUAGUAUUAAUGAGCUACUAUAGCAUAAGUAAAUUUUUGCUAAUUGUGGGUAUUUCUGUUCCUUUCUGUAAAUCUGACAUUUCCACUGAGUUCAGCAUUUUUCAUCAGGCGGGAUCUGGUGACAUCUUUCACUUGACUGGAGAAGAGGCUCAAAGUCCUUCAAAUGUCUGCUGAGUUACUCCUAACAGUGAUUCAUGGAGUAGCCAGGGUUUUUUGUUUUUAAUAGUUUUAUAAACGCGUAGAUCCUUUCUUAUAGUCUGGGCUUAAAUUCAUUAACUCAGAUUCAAGACUUUUGUUAGAUUUAGUCUUUUGUAAUUAAUAGUCUUUAAAAAAAAAAUCUGCCCACUAGAGAAAAAUUUGGAAAAGACAGAAAAGUAAAGGAAGAAAAAAAAUCACUGUAAAUACACUAUUUAAACAUAACCACAAUUAACAUUUUAAACUUUUUAUUUCACUGUUUAUUUCAGCUUUUUUAAGAGUAUAUUUUGAUUAGUUGGUUUUUAUAUAAUUGAGCUUCAUAUUAUAUAUAGUUUUGUAUCCUACUUUUUCAUUUAACUUUAUAACUUAAAUAUUUUUCCAUGUUAUAAACUUUUCAAUAGUAUAAUCUUCUAUUUGUAAUUAACAUUUGGGGUAUUUCUUGGAAUCUGUAAUUCCUUAUCCUAACCUUUGGGCACAAUUCCUGUGCUCUAAAAGCAGAGUGACGUGAAUGAAACAUAUGCUCUACUGUUUUCUCACUACCCUUUAAAUUUUUCCUAAUCUUCAAGCAAAGGUACGUAUGCAUAAAUGAAUGAAUGAAUGUAAAAAUAAAUUUCACCUAAUCCUAGCCCCCUCUUUCUUUUUUUUUUUUAAGAGAUAGAGUCUCACUUUGUCACCCUUGGUAGAGUACUGUGGUGUCACAGCUCACAGCAACCUCCAGCUCUUGGGCUUAGGCAAUUCACUUGCCUCAGCCUCCUGAGAAGCUGGGACUGCAGGCGCCUGCCACAAUGCCUGGCUAUUUUUUUUGUUGCAGUUUGGCCGGGGCCAGGUUCUAACCUGCCACCCUCGGUAUAUGGGGCUGGUGCCCUACUCACUGAGCCACAGACGCCACCUCCCAGCCCCCUCUUUCAACAUUCACGGAAUAAAUUGGCUUUUUUUGUUGUUAGCAUGUUGUAGUAGUUGUUAUUCAGUGACAUGCCUCUAUUUAUAAUUUUUGUUGAAAGUUUGGAUAGAAAAAAAACUAUAAAGGCAGAGAGAGAGGAAAGUGCCAGAAAGGAAGGUAACUAUAUAAGCCCCAGAGUAGGGUAGAGUAGGGGAUUUAAAACAGUUCUGGGUUAUCACUGGGUAGGGGUCAGGGCUCGGUUUAUUCUCACAUGUCCCUACCUGCCUCUUACCCGCCUUGUUUUGCCCUUAAGGAAGUCUACUGGUGCUGGAGUAGUUGGUUUUGUUUUUUUUAAACUGGUUUUUAACUGUUUUAAACUGUUUUGUCAAAAUGAGAUUUCACAUUCCUCGUUAAAACAUGUAGUUUGAGUACUGUGUUUUUUUGUGUGUGUUGUUCAAAGAAGAUUGAAAACCUAUAGCAUAAAUAAUGUAUGUUUUUCAUUUGAAAUCUUGUGAAUGUAUUAAAUGUGUUGCUCUAAAGAGGCUGUGAAAUUCCUAUUUUGAGUUUUUUAAAAAGAUGUGCUUUAAUUCAUUAAAUGGUGCUGUGUAAAGGAAAUAGGUAGGGUGUGUUGGUGCUGUUGUUUU